AUGUUGCGGUUAAUCGUUUUGCUGUCUGCCGUUUGCUUGGCUGUGGCUUUCAAAAACCCACACUAUGCUGCCGGCAGGACCACCAUGGUCCACCUCUUUGAGUGGAAGUGGAACGACAUAGCGGACGAGUGCGAGAGAUUCCUUGGACCGCGAGGAUUUGGAGGCAUUCAGGUUUCCCCUCCCAAUGAGAACUUGGUGAUCAGGUCUAGAAAUCGACCAUGGUGGGAGAGAUAUCAGCCCAUGUCUUACAUUCUGACCACCCGGUCUGGUAAUGCAGCUCAGUUUGCAAGCAUGGUGAGGCGAUGCAACGAUGUCGGUGUAAGAAUCUAUGUGGACGCUAUUAUCAACCAUAUGACGGGUACCUGGAACGAGAACGUAGGCACAGGUGGCAGUACCGCCAACUUCGGCAACUGGCACUACCCCGCUGUACCGUACGGCAGAAAUGACUUCAACUGGCCACAGUGUGAGAUCCGUCCUGAAGACUAUGGGAACAACGCUGAGAGAGUCCGUAAUUGUGAGCUGUCAGGUCUCAAAGACUUGAACCAAGGUUUGGAGCAUGUACGGAACAUGCUUGUCAAUUACAUGAACGCUCUCAUUGAAAUGGGUGUUGCUGGAUUCAGAAUUGACGCAGCAAAGCACAUGUGGCCCAGAGACCUUCAAGUCAUCUACAGCAGACUACGAAACCUUAACACAGCUCACGGCUUCCCCAACAAUGCUCGUCCAUACAUCUACCAAGAGGUCAUUGACCUUGGCGGUGAAAUCAUCAGCAGGAAUGAGUACACGCCUUUGGCUGCGGUGACAGAGUUCAGAUUUGGUUUGGAGCUCAGCCGUUGUUUCAUGGGCCAGAACCAACUUAGGUGGUUGAACACCUUUGGGCCACAUUGGGGUCUAUUGGCCUCUGGUGACGCUCUGACCUUCAUCGACAACCAUGACAACCAAAGAGGUCACGGAGCCGGUGGCAACAUCCUGACAUUCAAGCGCGCUCGCCAAUACAAGGGAGCCAUCGCCUUCAUGUUGGCUCAUCCCUACGGCAAGCCCCAGUUGAUGAGCAGUUUCAACUUCCAAGACACUGAGGCUGGACCACCUCAGGAUGCUUCUGGAAAUAUCAUCUCCCCAUCUAUUAAUUCUGACGGUUCAUGCGGCAAUGGCUGGAUCUGUGAACACCGUUGGCGUCAAAUCUUCUCUAUGGUAGCCUGGCGUAACACUGCUGGCACAGGGGCCAUCGUCAACUGGUGGGACAAUGGCAGCAACCAGAUCGCCUUCUGUCGUGGCUCCAACGCGUUUGUUGCAUUCAAUAAUGACAACUGGAACAUGAACCAGAACUUACAGACUUGCCUCCCAGCGGGAAGAUACUGUGACGUCAUCUCUGGCACCAAAGUGAACAACAACUGCACUGGAAAGACUGUCAACGUUGGUUCAAACGGACGCGCCGACAUUGUCAUCGGAUCUGAUGAUUACGAUAUGAUACUUGCCAUCCAUCGUGGUCCUGAGUCCCGCAUAUAAACAACCAAGAUUUAACAUAAUAAUCAGAAAAUUCGGAGAGGAGAGCAGAGAAAGACUAUGAAAACCAAACCAGUACGAAUAAGUUUUUUUAUUAAUAAAGAAAGUUUUUAAAG